AUGACCCGUCUAGAUAACAUUACCGGUUUCGUCCAUCCAAAAUACGCAAAGAUCGAGAAGAUUUUCAAAGUCGAGAUUCAAGAGUCAUUUAGAAAAAACUUCCACGAUGGAUGGGAGCGAGAAGGGGCCGCGAUUGCUGUGUAUCACAAGGGCGAGCUGAUAGUGGAUCUACAGGGUGGUUACGCAGACAAGUCGUCGGGAAGGAAAUGGACACCGGAGACAAGAACCGUUGUGUUCAGCGCAACAAAGGCAGGACUCGCAGCUUUGGACGAGCCGAUUUCGCGUGAAGAUGCAAAGAAUUUCGAAAAAAUGGCGUACAUCAUUGCAAAGCAGAAACCGAACUGGGAACCGGGCACGAAAAGCGGGUACCAUGCAGUAACAUAUGGAUGGAUUGUGGAUCAAAUCGUCCGCAGGGUGGAUCCGCGAAGAAGAUCCGUUGGACAGUUUUUUAGAGAAGAAGUAGCCAUUAAAUACGGAAUCGAUUUCCACAUUGGUCUUCCUAGUUCCGAAGAGCAUACCGUUUCACGCCUUUCACUGCCAUCCACUGCGCAUGUUCUCAAGGAGAUCAUUCACGAUCCAAGAGUGUUGUUCGUGCUCGGUGUAAUUCAUCUUCGUUCUCCUACGUCGAUUGCGAGGAAGGUUAAGAAGAAUACACAGUGGCUCAAGCUAGAUCAGAAUUUGAACACCUUUAACGAUCCUGAACUACACACCAUGGAACAGGUUGCAGCGCUCGGUAUCACAAAGGCACGAGACUUGGCUCGACUCUUCUCACUAAUGCUUAGCGGAGAACUGUUCAGUAAGCAACUGCUGGAGCGAUUCAAGACACCACUGAUUACAUCUGAAAUCGAUGAGAUAGUUAUUGCACCGUUGCCCAAAGGAUAUGGUUUUCUUUACGAACGACAUCCAACGGCUGGAAAAUGCUGGCUUGUUGGUCAUCCAGGAUUUGGUGGAAGCACGGUCAUGAUGGACAUGGAAGACGAGGUAGUUAUCGCCUAUGUCACCAACGGCUUAAAGACGGGAAUGGGAGAGCUGACACGAACGUAUCGUCACUUACGAAACGCCGUUUUCGAAUGUCUGAAUAGGAAAGAAGUACCAUGA